AUGAACCCAAUGUUAAUUUUGAUUUCUGGAUACCUACUAAUACCACUGAUAAUUCUUGCAAGUGCAGCACACAGUGAUUCCUAUGCUGUGAAUAAAACCAGUAGUGCCGAAAGUGCUGAGUGGAGCUAUCCUGAAUACGGAAAACCAUCUAUUCACAGCACCGGAAGGAGGCCGGAAAAGCUGAAUCUACAACAUUACAAUAGGGAGACCGAACGCAAUGUGACUUUGAAACGUGGUGUGAAAAACUUUCAAAAGCAAGGCGAUAAAUUAACCAGGCAUAAAAUCAAAUAUAAGCCAUCGGGUGCUCGAAGAAAAAAUGUGAGUCCGCAUUAUGCGGAUGACAGUACGGAAAGUAGGCAUUAUCAUACGUUUGAGGAGAUACACGAGCAUAUAGAUGAAGAUGACGGACAGUACCAGGCAUCCGAGCAAGUCGGAACACAAGCGAUCCUGCACGAACAUGUUGAGCAGUCGAGCAAGAAGGAUGCGAAGCGGAUGAAGGUGAAAAUCAAGCACCACCAUCACCACCAUCAUCACAACCACAUAAAGGAGCUGAUCAAAACGGUGCCUCAACCGUAUCCUGUGGAAAAGGUUGUCCAUGUGCCCAUUGAGAAAAUUGUCGAGAAGAUCGUACAUGUGCCCAAGCUUGUGAAUGUUACGGUUGAGAAAAUAGUGCACGUCCCCAUCGAAAAGAUAGUGGAAAAGGUGAUACACAUUCCGAAGCCCGUCCAAGUUCCUAAACCAUAUGUGGUCGAAAAAAUCAUUGAAAAAAUCGUCCACGUCCCAAAACCAUAUCCUGUGCUCCGAACUGUUCCGUAUCCAGUCGAAAUAAAGGUGCCAGUUCACCUCGAAAAGAAGGUACCAGUGCCCUAUAAGGUCGAGGUGGAACGAAAGGUUCCCAUUUACAUUCGCUCCAGCGAGCCAUAUAAAUACGAGUCAUCUUCACUCUACGAAAGCUAUCCACGCGGUGAGGAGUUCAAACUCAACAUUGAAAUGGAUCAUCCACCGCCCAGAGAACACGAACCUUCCAGCCUACCAUCCUCCAACUACUUUAACAGGAUAUACAAAUCGAGGGAAUUGGACCAUCCACCGAGGAUAGAGGACUAUCAAAGUUCAGUGCCCACGCAGUUUAAGCAAGAUUACGCACCGAAGAGUACUCCCGAUCAGCAGUUUAAGCACGAAUACGUCACGAAAAGUAGUAUUAAUCCUCAGUUUAAGCACGAUUACGUGACGAAAAGUAGUAUUGAUCCUCAGUUUAAGCACGAUUACGUAACGAAAAGUAGUUUUGAAUCGCAGUAUAACCAGGAAUACGUACCCAAAACUAGUAUUGAAUCGACUUCUCCUGGACGAGAUGGGGUUUCCUUAAAGCUCGUCGGUCCCCCUACUCCUUUCAAUAUCACGGGAAAGGAUUUGCAGGCCGCCAACUCCGCUCCAGACUUUGUCAAUAGCUCCAACGUAGAUCUAAGUCCACAGGAGUCGGCUAAUGCCUAUCGCGGUAUGCCAUUCUCUAUACCAUUUCAGUUUGUACAACUCCAACCAAUGGCCUUCCAAAGUCCUAUACAUGUGGAACUACCAGUUCAAUCCCCUUCAUCAGAAGGUGCUCAAAAGUGA